AUUAGGAGAUGCACUUCUUCCUUCUUCUUUAUUAAGAGCAUUGAACGUUUAUUACGAUACUGUCUAUCUAGGUAUUCUGGGAAUUGCCACCUGUAUCAACUUAAAUUUACUCGUACCGCGAACUUCUGACAGAUUCAGCUGAAAGAAUCCCCGAAAAAUUGAAGACAAGGUUGAAAACAACAUGAACGCAUACUCAGGACAGCCACCGGCGGAAUAUGCCAUGACACAGAGUGACUACUUGCUAUCAAGGGCGCCGAACAGCAUGGAGUUGUUAACUGUGCCAGUGUCUAGCCUGAAAAGCCUAGGGCUUAAGAAGCCUAUUGACAUUGUCGCCCACUGGACAAUAUGUAUCAACGGGAUAUGCUAUGAGCUGGCGAGACAGACGAACAAAAAGGAACCAUACUUCUACAGAUGCAUAAGCCUAGGAGAAUGGAAGGCGAAGCGAAUAUCUCAGGGAAAGCCCAUUGAGUCGCACGAAUUAGGCCAGAUGACGAUGCCAUAUUCGCACCAGCUUAUUCACGAAGUUGCUACACUGGUAUGGGAACGAUCGUUAAAGAAGAAAUACGCAUACGAUGAUCGCAACUGCCAGGUUUUCAUCCGUCUCUUGGUUGAGUUGAUCGGGAGUCCUGGCGCCAGGGCCGAGUUUCCAGCUUUCCUUGACAGGUGGGUCAAGGGCGCGGGCAACACCCGUGACGGUAGCUUUUUUGCCGUCGCAGCGGCAGCGAGUACAUUUGCCGCCCUUGGUGUAGGCUCCCUUGCGCUGGAUCCCACCGGCAUUACUGCUGCUGGUUUCAUGCUCGCAGUGCAGACGACUCUUAGGUCGAGUACAUGGUUGUUGACUGAAAGGCAUCUCAAAGGGGAAGCGAUCAAGGACGGACAGCAGGAGAUCAGAGUGGAGAUGAAGAAGAGGGGUAGACCACUUGCAGAAACGUAGUACAAAACUGACGCAGGACGUGUAAACGCGAGAAAUCGGAUAGUAUAUCAUAAUUCUGAACCUACUAGGGGGAGGGGGGUUUUUUAAUAUAAGUAAAAU